AUGAACUGGCUGGCCACCAAGUUAGAAGACCGAGGACACCAGGUGGUGAGGGAGCUGCACAUCUCAACCUCCCAAGGACUAAGAAAACCAGAUUUAAUAGUAUGGAAUAACGAUGCCAAGAUACUAGACAUCCAAAUAGUAGGAGAUUCAAACAUCGGCUUGCUAAACCAUCUCGACGACCUGAAGACUAGAAAAUAUAACACCCCUGAAAUCAUCAAUAAAGUGGAUGAACUAACGGGCCACACUCCGACAGUGGGAGCCAUCACUGUGAACUGGAGGGGAGUGGCCUCCAAGAGAGCAGUGGGGACGCUUAAGAAGUUGGGCCUCAGAAACUCAGGCUUAGCCAUCAUGAUUCUGAAGGCCAUGGAAGGUGGCCUGUCCAUAUAUUCAAAUUAUAUGGGCAUGGCAGGCGGAGGAGACGUAACCUGA